AUGGCAAAAGACAAAUAGGGCGAAAUAGAUGUGGAUAACAUUAUUGAAAGAUUGCUAAGUGUUCGAGGAAGUAAACCAGGGAAAAAUGUGAAUUUGACUGAAUCUGAAGUUCGUGGUCUUUGUGUCAAGGCCAGAGAUAUCUUCAUCAGCUAACCAAUUUUAUUAGAAUUGGAAGCGCCUCUCAAAAUUUGUGGCGAUGUUCAUGGUCAGUAUUUCGAUCUAUUGAGACUAUUCGAAUAUGGUGGUUAUCCUCCAGAGAGCAAUUAUCUUUUUUUGGGAGAUUAUGUUGACAGGGGGAAACAAUCUUUGGAGACCAUUUGUUUGCUUCUUGCUUAUAAAAUCAAGUAUCCUGAAAACUUCUUCCUUCUCAGAGGCAAUCAUGAGUGUGCAUCAAUCAAUCGUAUAUAUGGGUUUUAUGAUGAAUGCAAACGGAGAUACACAAUUAAAUUAUGGAAGACUUUCACCGAUUGUUUUAAUUGUCUCCCUGUUGCUGCAUUGAUUGAUGAAAAGAUUCUUUGUAUGCAUGGUGGAUUGUCUCCUGAACUCUCUAAUUUAGAGCAAAUCAGAAGAAUUAUGAGACCGACUGAUGUUCCUGACACUGGUCUCUUAUGCGAUCUACUUUGGUCAGACCCAGAUAAAGAUGUAUAAGGUUGGGCAGACAAUGAGAGAGGAGUUUCCUAUGUUUUUAGUUAGGAAAUUGUUUAAGUCUUUCUUAAAAAGCACGAACUCGAUCUAAUUUGCAGAGCGCAUCAAGUUGUUGAAGAUGGCUAUGAAUUCUUUAGUAAACGGCAAUUGGUCACUCUCUUCUCAGCACCGAAUUAUUGUGGUGAAUUUGAUAAUGCAGGUUCAAUGAUGACUAUAGAUGAAUCCUUAAUGUGUUCAUUCCAAAUACUAAAACCAGCUGAAUAAGGUGCUUAGGGUGCUUCCUAAUAAAACAAACCUCCUAGUGCUAAGUUUGUCAAUUGA